CCAAAUGCUUCUCACAAAGGAGGCAACGACUCAGACAGCGACGGUGCAGAUUAUACUCUUUCUAAUUUUAUCUUCCUCCUCCUCCUCCUCUUUUUAUAUCUCUCUACUGAAUACUACUACACCUACCUAAUACCACUCUUUCACUCUCUUUUUCUUUCCUUUUCUCUCUCUCUCUCUCUCUCUCUCUCUCUCUUUUGCUUAUUCCUAUCUAUAUGUAUCUCCUGGCCCUAAUUAACUAAGCCCUAAGCUAAUUAGUUAGCUGAUCAAUAAACCCAAGAUGCGUAGCAUGGCUAGCUCCACCUCCAACAAAGGCAUCGCCGCCAUUGUCGGCGUCGGACCCAAGCUCGGCCGCUCCAUCGCUCGCAAGUUUGCCCACGAAGGCUACACCGUCGCCAUCCUAGCUCGUGACUUAGGGAGAUUGUCUUUGUUUGCGGAUGAGAUAGCGAGGGAAGAGAAAGCACAAGUAUUUGCAAUAAGAAUCGACUGCUCGGAGUCAAGGAGUGUAAGGGAGGCAUUUGAAGGUGUUUUAUCGCUGGGAUUUGUGGAGGUUUUGGUGUACAAUGCUUACUCUAACACUAAUACGAAUUGGCAACCCACCAACUUCUCUGACAUUCGAAUUGAAUCCUUUCAGAAGUCCCUCGCUGUCUCUUCCGUUGGUGCCUUCCACUGCGCCCAACAGGUUCUUCCGGGCAUGGUUGAAAGAGGAAGGGGGACAAUUCUCUUCACGGGCUGUUCAGCUUCUCUCAAUGGCAUUCCCGGUUUCCCUGAGCUAUGUUGUGGGAAAUUCGCGUUGAGAGCUCUCUCACAGUGUCUGGCGAGGGAGUUCCAACCUUUGGGUGUACACGUCGCUCAUGUUAUCAUUGACGGUCUUGUUGGCCCACCUAGAUUCCAGGCAUCAACGUCUCAGAGAACGUUGGUUGGGGAACAACAGAGCGGAGGAGGGGACGGGUCAAUGGACCCAGACGCGUUGGCUCAAACCUACUGGCACUUGCAUGUUCAGGACCGAGCGGCUUGGACCCAAGAGAUUGAUCUCAGUCCUUGCAAUACUAGAUUUUUCUAGUUUUCUUCAAUGGGGUUUCAAUGAAUUACUGAAUAUUUGGUUUAUUUCUUUUUGCCACUGCUACACUGUUACUGUUUGAUUCCUCGAGCCAAUUAAUUGCUGGCUAGCUAGACCCCACAUCCUUCAAGGCAACUUGGAGGACUCACGGAUCAACGCCCAACUCGUAUCAUUAUAUAUGUGUCCCACAUUACUCUUUCGGGGGGAUCAGGUUAAACCAAGUUUGGACCAAGCUAGCAUAUUAUUGUUGUUAUUAUUAUAUUUUGUACAAUUGGAGGUAGAUGUUUGUAAUUUUUGAAUU